GACAGGGUGCAUCGGUGCACUCUUAUUUCAGUUAUUAAUAGCCGCUGAUGGUGUUUAUCAAGUAGAUCUCUUAAACAAGGUGAUCGGAGAAGUAGAUCGUUGGAGUAAAGCUGUAUCUGAAAAGAAAGGAACGUCUGAUCUUGUGGUAUUCGCUAUCGUUACAUGACUUACUGAACCAGUCCUGGUAACUAACAGCUAUCAGGAACUUCUGAUCUGCACUGAGAAGAAUGAAACUUCAUUCGUGAUAAGGGUCGAAAUCGCGAACAACUGAAACAGGCUGGUUAAGUUAGUGAUCUGUCACGUAACCUUUAGGAACUACUCGUUAGCGGGAUAGUUAGCGAUUAGCCGGCUAGUUAGCUCCAUCAGCUCAUCAGCAGUCUGACCUGUCUGUACAGUUUAUACUGUUGUGUUAAACCAGUUUGUUCUAAAGCAUUCCUGUAUGAACAGAAGAGACUGAAUGAUUGACCAGAUGUACUGAGCCUGUACUGGCGUGAAUAUCACUCAGGACUGAAUAAUGCACUGGUUGUGAGAGAGGAAGCUGGAUGCUGAUGAUGCGGAUGAGCUGGAUUAUUACAGUAAUAAACAGAAGAAUGAUGAAACUACUGAUCGCCCUGGGUCUCAUCGCAUAUAUUGCCUCUGUCUGGGGAACCUACACAAAUAUCAGGUCCAUCCAGGAGCAGAGUGAAUUGAAGAUCGAGCAGAGGAUUGAUGAGGCUGUAGCCCCACUGAGAGAAAAGAUCCGGGAUCUUGAGCUUAGUUUAACCCAGAAGUAUCCUCCUGUCAAGUUUCUGUCAGAAAAAGAUCGGAAGAGGAUUUUGAUCACUGGAGGAGCCGGCUUUGUGGGCUCCCACUUGGCCGAUAAGCUGAUGAUGGAUGGUCAUGAGGUGACUGUGGUCGAUAAUUUCUUUACUGGACGCAAGCGCAACGUAGAGCACUGGAUUGGCCAUGAAAACUUUGAACUUAUUAACCACGAUGUGGUGGAGCCGCUUUAUAUUGAAGUGGACCAGAUCUAUCAUUUGGCAUCUCCUGCAUCACCACCCAAUUACAUGUAUAAUCCCAUUAAAACUCUAAAAACCAACACUAUUGGCACCCUUAACAUGCUAGGUCUGGCAAAGCGUGUGGGUGCUCGACUGCUUCUUGCUUCCACGUCUGAGGUUUAUGGAGACCCGGAGGUGCAUCCUCAGAAUGAAGAUUACUGGGGUCAUGUGAACCCGAUCGGGCCCAGGGCUUGUUACGAUGAGGGGAAGCGUGUUGCUGAAACUAUGUGUUACGCAUACAUGAAGCAGGAGGGGGUGGAGGUCAGAGUGGCACGGAUCUUCAACACAUUUGGUUCUCGCAUGCACAUGAACGAUGGUCGGGUGGUUAGUAACUUCAUCCUGCAGGCAUUACAGGGCGAGCCACUGACGGUUUAUGGAUCAGGAUCACAGACUAGAGCAUUUCAGUAUGUCAGUGACCUUGUAAAUGGUCUUGUAGCCUUGAUGAACAGCAACAUAAGCAGUCCUGUUAACCUGGGGAACCCAGAGGAGCACACCAUACUGGAAUUUGCUCAAAUGAUUAAAAGCCUGGUUGUGAGCCGCAGUCAUAUUCAGUUCCUCCCGGAGGCACAGGACGACCCUCAAAGACGGCGGCCAGACAUCCGAAAGGCCAAAAUGCUGCUCGGAUGGGAGCCUGUGUGGGUGUGAGGUGUUCUCCAUUAAGGAUGACAGCUUGGCCAUUGUCUUUCUUUCCCCAACUGGCGCAACCCAGGACAGAACUUGCCUGCCUGAUUAGUUUAUCCAACUUCCUCCAACUUCAUGUUGUGAUAUCACUACCCCAGCAACUCCAUAAAAAUGUCUGAUGCCAGCACAGAGUCAGAAAGAAUCCAGUAGAGCCCCCUGCAUUCCAAAACACCAGUCUUCUCAAUAAAUGAAGUCAAGAGGCCUGUGUUGUCAGUCCAGUCAAUUUUAUUAUUUAGGUGAACUACCAGGUACUGUACCAGGUAAGUAUUGACAAUCUCAUUAUCAGUUCACUGGUUUUAGUGAAAAAGAGUAAAAUUAGCCCUGCAAAAAUCCACCAACUACGCUGUUGCUUUGCCAAUAUUAAUCUGGAGCCAGUUCUGCUGACAUCAGUCCACUUGGUGUGUUCCUUGUACUCGCUAUAAUCACCAUCCACGAUGUAGCCAACAGUAGCAGAAUUAUCAGAAAAUUUCAGUUGGUGUAGGGUGAAGAGAAACAGGGCCAGGACUGUCCCCUGUGGAGCCCCUGUGCUGCAGAAGAUUGUGGCUGACACAGUUUUCUGUAGUAAGAAAGUGGUCCACCCUUUUACUCUCAAUCUUUCUCUUACCAAGGUGCCAUUAGUUCCAGAUUUAAAUAUGUUGAUAGAGUAUUUUGGCUGUACCACUCACCUCUAGUUCAGAUAAUUAUAGGGAAAGAAGAAGAAGGGGAAGUUGUAUUUUGUAUUUUAAAUUUCAGUAAUGGGAGCAGUGUGCGGACCAAUAGCUUAGUCUCAAUUUACCCGUUGUAAAUGCCUUGUGGAAGUUUUUAUUAAUCUCUACAAUUUAAAAAAACUAAGUUUUUAUAUUUGAUGUUUUCUGAUUAUAUGUAACUUAAUUUGUAUUCUAGGUGCCAUUGGAGGAGGGUCUGAAUAAAACCAUCCAGUACUUCAGCAAGGAGCUGGAGUACCAAGCUAACAAUCAGUAUAUUCCCAAACC